AAUACCGCUGGUGUGUGGUGUGUGUUGACGUAAAGACAAAGAUGUUGCGAUGCGUAGCUGCUUUGCUUGUUCUUCAUUAUGUGGAUGCAUUUUUCGGUGGCGGCGGCGGCGGGCUAACAGCUUUGGAUCUGAUGAGAAUGCAAGGCCAUGGAGGUGCAUUUGGUGGGAUGGGUAUGAUGGGCAUGGGAGGCAUGAUGGAAACUCCGCCACCUCCAACAUAUGACCAGCUGUAUGCAGAUGCAGUCGAGGCUUACAGUGGUGAGAAAUGGGAGGAAACCAUAUCAUUGAUGGAACAGGCUCUUGAUGAUUACAGGUCUUAUCAUGAAGGUUUAAUUCAAUGCAAGAGACAGUGUCGUGAUCCAAAGGAGACUGAUUCUCAAAUUCCAAAAGAUUUUUCUACUGAUUUGGAGUUUCAAUGUUUCUACUCUGUUUUGAUGUAUGGUGCAUGUGUGAAGAGAUGCAAAAAAAUAAAAUUUGGGAACAGAGUAUGGGCAGAUGUAUCAGAAGAAGUGAGAGAAGCAUUUGAGACAAGGAACACAUACAAUUACAUGCAACUGGCUUUGUACAAGGUUGGCAAUCUGACACAGGCAGCACAGGCAGCGUCGACGUAUCUUUAUUAUAAUCCAGAAGAUGAAGUGGGACAAAAUAAUAUUGAAUACUACAAAACAUUAGGAUUAAAGGAAAGCAACUUUGAGCCACUGGAAACAGAGAAGCACAUGGAUGCGUAUGAAAAGGCUGUGCAAUUCUAUGAGAAAGAGGAAUGGGGUGCAGCUAUUGAAGCAUUUGAAGAUGCAAUUGUGAAGUAUUUGCUGAAGUAUGAGGAGUGCCGAUUGGUGUGUGAAGGACGAUCUAUAGAGAGGACUCCAGAUUUGGCAACGAUGUUAUCAGGUAGUGUGCAGUCAUUGCUGCAGUGUCGCAGUGACUGCCCACAUAAGCUGGGAACAAACAGAAAGAAGGAUGUGCUGUAUCAAUUCUUUGAGAGUCAUUUUCACUAUCUACAGUUUGCAUACUACAAGGCUGAUAAGGUAAAGAAGGCCGUUGAGUGUGCUAUGACAUAUCUUCUGUAUCAUCCUGAUGAUGAGGUGAUGCUUAAUAAUAUAAGACAUUACAAGGAAGUAGAAGGCAUCAAAGAUGAAGAUUUUGUACCACGACAAGAUAUCUCUCUUAAACGAAAGAUUGAAGAAGCUGAGGAGAAACUGCUUGAAGUGACAUAUGGACAACCAGAAGAAGAUGAAUUCCGACAACAGAUGACACUAGAUGAUCCAAUGAUGGAUGAAAGUCCUCCUCCUCCUCCUCCUCCCUCCGAGUUCUUACCUCCAAGUGAACCAUCUGAUUCUGAAAUUGAGGUAAUCCCUGUUGUAGAUGAAAUCAUUCCAACUGAUCCAUCAAACGCUAAUCAGCAAGAUGCUAAUCAGUCGCAGAAAAGUGCAGGUGGCGAGAAUAUAGAAAAACCCGCUGUUGUUGCGUCUGACGGCGAGACUGAUGAAAAACUGGAGCCAAAUAAUAGAGAAACGAAACCAGAAGGUAAGCAAGAGGAAGCAGAGAAGACUAAGAAAGGAAAGAAAGCUAACAAAGACAACUCUGAGUUGUAAUGUUAUUGGUAGUAGUUAUACCAACAACUAGACGACAGUUGAAUGUUCACCAACCAAUUUCUGGUUAACAGUUGAGGAAGGCAACAAGGAAUUGAUUGAGCUAAGA